AUGGCCACCAGCGACCUAAAGAGCGACUUGAUCCGCUCUUUGAGCUUGAGGUUGGAGAGUAUCUUACCCAACCGCUCCGGGUCCAACAUCGCCGAGGUCGAGCUCAACGCCCAGUUCAUUUUGACGACAAACUUGUUUUUGGCAAACCUGAAACCGACUGAAGAGAAUGGGUACCAGGACUUCAUGCCCGAUAUUGUCGAGCACUUCACCGCCAUCUUGGAAAAAUUGAACAUCGAUCCUCAGACACGGAAGCUACGUGAAAGAGACGAGAAGACUUUGACCUCCACAGUGGUGGUGAUGAAGUUGUUUUCUACGAUCAUCCGAUUUGCUUGGGAUAAGCAUGCCCUGGUUGGGAAAAACUCCACCUUGACCGCCAACGAUGGGAUGAAUUUCAAUUUUGAUCUUGGCUACCACUCCGAGAACUACAUGAUAUAUUCAUUUCAGCCCGCGGAGCUCGUAAAUGCCGACAUCCACCACACUUUGGAGGUGCUUUUUUGCAUUCUUUCUGAGGACGUCAACCGUAAGGCACUUGCAAACAUCCGCCGUGUGAGAUUGGACAAGCAAAAGCCUAUAGACUAUUCUCUAGCGGGGGACAUCGCCUUGUCUCAGGACGAGGUGAAAGCCUACGUAAGGGACAUCGAUGAGAACAUCCUGAUUGUCCUCCGCUACUUGGCCGCGGCAAAUCCUAACGACUACUACUCAUUCCUCAAUAGGAAGCUUUUUGCGUUUGCUGAGCGCGGUGAAUACAUCCCAAAUGCUGCAUUGAACAAGUAUUCAUGCCUGCUAAUGUUUCUCUACUAUACCAAAGAGGUGGCUGAUCAGUAUGCCAAACAGGUAUACAGCAUGAUGCCAUACAUCCGUUCCAACAGCUGGAAACAAGUGUGUCUUUACUUUGACUCGCACAAUAUCAAAUAUCAGUGUCUUCACCGGCCAAGAUUCUAUGCUGAACAGGUUAUACCCGGCCAACCGAGCGAACAGAACUUUAGGACCUUGUUCGAUUACGUUUCAACAGCGUUCGAAGAUCAAGAGUAUAUUGGGAUCGCUCCUUCUUUGCAUUCGUGGUUCGUUAUACUAUGCCCCUCAGAUUUCGACGAGCUUCUCCAGAAACCCAAUAAGCUCAAACAAGCAUUCAACAAGCGACUCAAAUUUCUCACGUCCAUCCUCAAGGACGCCAGUGCAGGUGCAAAUCUCGAGUGCUUUGAAAGUUUAAUAAACAUCUUCUCUCUAGGUGCAAGAAUCCCGGAUUUGAAAGGCGACGUGCGUGAGUUUAGUGUCAAAUACAUUGACGAAACUUUUGACAACUUGAACAAAAUGGGUGCAAAUUGCAUAACUGACACCUCAAAAGCUCGUUUCAGACAGCUCUCUAUAGACCUAUAUGUGGCCGCUAUUGCAAUCAACCCGGGCAAGUAUAUCCCAAUUCUUGUCGAUUUUUUCACCUCUUCACUUCCGAAGUCAGAGGACGGCUGCAAGGAUCAGUGUCUCUGCGAAGAAAUCGAGAUCUGCAUGAAUGUCAUUAAAGGCUUAGCGCAUGUUGAAACGUAUAAGGAGCCUCUUAAAGUCGUGAUGGAUGAACUACGGGAACCUCUUAAAAGCCUCCUUUUUACAACAUAUAAGAAACUCAAUAUGUAUGACUCGACAAGGCCAGAGUCAAGCUCCUCAUCAUCCAUCCUAUCGGCACCUUCUGAUAAAUUACCCGAGAUGGACAAAAGCAUGGCCAACUCUAAUCCGAUUUUAUCAUCGCUCAAGAAAAAUAAUUUGGACUAUGGUCUUGGCUCUGUGAAAGAUAAAAGCGUCGCAGUAUUUUCAGAUACACCAGAUUCUGCCUCAAAUCGUUCUGCUCAACAUAGCAGUUGUGACACCCCGUUUAAUCCAAAAUGCAUAGGUCAGUGUGAGCGUAUCAUGACACAACUUUUCGAGAUAUUCGCUGCAUCCCCUGAGGCAUACAUCGGUUACUUAUCGAACAAAGCGGAUAGUUUGGACGAGCAAGACCAAAAGAUAUUACUUGAAGAGCUCAUCUCUUUUGCCAAUGAGAUGGCCCUUCCAAUUAAGCAAGCGAUACACUUCAAAUCCGUGAACGGAAACUCUGAGUUGUUUGAGUCAGCAUGUACCCUCGCUAUGACAAUGGUCAGAGGAAAGGAGCAGUCCCUCAGAGAUACCGAGAUCAAGGAAUGUCUGAGUUUUCUCUUCUCAAACCUUGUAAUUAAAGCCAUUGCGGAGGCAUGCACGGUGUUUUCUUUGACCGACCCGAACUUCAAGCUCUGCUUCAUUUUCUUGAACAAGUUCUUGCAGGAAAGAGAUUCAUCUUACAAGAACGUUACGAAGAACAGACUCCUUCAACACAAGUGUUCCCACUCAGCAUGUCACAGCGUCUGCGAGGCUGUCGAGAUUAUUCUUCUUUUGGCUCUUUGUACCCAUGACGUCCAGUUUUUUGGCAUGGCAAAGCUUACAAUGAGAUGGCAUAUACUUGAAAUCGAAAGCGGAGGUCAUCCUUUCAAUUGUUUCGAUAACAAUCUCGCCCAUGUGUUUAAGAAAAUCCUUGAUGACGACUCAGUGUUCACAGGGUUCGUGUCUCUUCACAAAAAGUUUCGGAAUAUUCUCAUGGAGGCACCGCCUACAAAUUCCCUUUAUCAUGUAUGGCUCUUGAUUUAUCAAAGAUGGCUCGACAUUGUCGACAACUCUUCCACUUUGACUGACGCAAGUCUUGUUUUCAGGCAUUACACAGGCUUUCUAGUGUCAACUUCUGGUUGCUUUUUGAACAAAGAGUUUCUGGAAGACGACUCGAAAGAAAAGGAGAGAGCCUUGACUUUAAUAUCAAGCUUUUUUGAUAGAGCUAUCAGCUUGCUCAAGUCUAACGAAUUGGUUGUGAGAGUUGUGAUCAAAGACGCAUUGUCAAAUGAAUCGCAUCCUGCUGUUUUUCAUCUAGUCUGUACUAAGCUUAUGAAUGCUGCAAUAUACUAUGUUGACCAAGGCGUUAUCACUAGUGAAGGUGUCCUUUUCAUGGAGCAAAUGAUGGCUAUUAUCACAGCGAUGACUGCAAUCAAAAAUGAUGGAUCUUUUGUCUUGGUGUCCUUGUUACCUGGUGUGUGUGAGUUCUUGCACAAGUUCAUUGGAAUGGUGCAGAAUCCUGUUGAUCUUGUCAAAUUGAAGUUGAGGUUCUGCAAAAUGUGCACAGCAAUAGAGUUAGACAGAGAGAGAAACGGUAUCGCGGGUGCGUACAAAUUGAGAAGUCAAUACGCCAAAAUCUCAAUCGAAUGGCUUGAGCAGGCUGUAUUUUACGACUCGAGUCAAGAAGAAGAUGAAACUGAUGCUGAUGACUCAGUUUUGGCGACACCAACUACGAGUCAAAGCUCGCAGACAAAACACUCCGAAUUGGAAUUUCUUUAUAUCGAACUUGCAAGUGAAUGUUCCAAGUGUUUGGAAUUGCAGUUACAGGAUUCGUUAUUCGAAAUGCCUGAAGGGGUUAGCGAAAAGAAUCUCAAACAAAGUAAGGAUUUGAUCUUUUCCAACCAUUUCUCACUAUUCUUCAAGAUCUUGCAAAAAUACACUUCACCAAAUCCCUCACCUACCAUGAUGAGAUCGAAAUACAAGAUUCAAGGAAUCACAGACAAUGUGCUCAAAUCUAUUUCGAAUAUUCUUCAGUCGGAUACAGAGCAUGGAAUGCACUUUGUCUUGCCACUAGGAUAUCAUCAAAACAAAAAGAUAAGGUCCAUUUUCCUAAAUAUCUUUGGUGAUAUGCUCUCCACAAAGAAACUCAAGAGCGCAAAGGAGGCCUUUCCAGACAAACUAGUGCAUGAAAUGGCCGAAAUAUAUGAGAUAUACGGAGCAGCUGCCGAGGUGGCAUCACCAGCUGAACACAACUUGCUAGCCACGUCUUUACAUGGCUUAUUUGGCUAUACAAAGAAACUAGAUAAGUUGUUCGUUACCUUGUUGACCGACGAAAUAAGUAGCGUUGCACGAUCGUCCGAUAUUUUCAGAAGAAAUAGUACUUUGACGAGAUUGAUGUCAAUAUUCGCAAAAGAAGAUGGUCUACCCUAUUUGACGGUUGUCUUGAAGCCUGUGAUUCAGGAGAUCAUUCAAAAUUCAGUCGUGUUUGAGGUCGAAAAAAGUCAUGAAGCUGCUGAUAUAGACUUGUUUAUUCAGUAUCUAGCCAAAAUUGUGGACAGAAUUGUGAACUCCGCAAAGUGGUUCCCUGAGUCAUUUCAGUUCAUUUGCUCAGAGAUCUAUAAAGCAGUUGGGGCCAAGUUUGAGGAUGCAGCUCUCGUUGCUGUAGGAUCUUUUGUCUUCCUCAGAUUUUUCUGUCCUGCUAUUGUCAGUCCUGAGUCUUUUUUCGAUUUGUCGACCUCCAAUGUCAAGGUUAAGCGCUCGCUUAUCCAGUUGGUGAAAGUGAUACAAUAUAUGGCUAACAGGACUCUUGCAUCACUCAAAUGGGAAGGUUUGCUCGAACGCUCAGAAAGAUUGGGGGAGCUCAAUAAGAAGAUCUUUGUAUUCCUAAAAGAUAUGUCAACGAAACCACUACAUGGAUACCCCUUCCAUAGCUUAACGGUGAAGCCGUACACUGGGUUGCGUUAUAUCCACAAGUUCUUUUACACAUAUUUUGUGUAUAUUAAGCAUCAGUGGUGUCUAGGUGACCCUCUAGUGAACGCCGCCAAUCUUCAUGAGAGAGUUGUCAUGUGGAGGAAACUUGAUCGUAUCAUGAGAGACUUGGGAAGGCCGAGACCAUCGAUUUCCUUGCAAGGCACAACAUCCUAUAAGGCUGUUGAUCCAUCAGCAAAUCUUGGAAAUUCUCAAUACGCAGAGUUUAUGGCUAAGAUGUCUGUCAGGAAUAUGGAGCUUGCCAUAGAAAGUCAGGUAAUUCAUAGUGCGGUUUUCUCCGAUGGAACUCCUGUUGUUGUGGUCAAUUUCCGUUACAUCAAAGAUAUCGGUUAUGAUAUGAGCACGUUCGUUUACCUUAUAUUGGAAGCAGCUAGUCAGGUUUGGGACAAUAAGUUCUACAUUGUGAACGACUUUACGCAGUUUUUCUAUAUGGGUAUCAUUGGCAAAAAUUAUGUCAGCCUCAUGAGGAACUAUGCACCUACGAUAUUUUUCAAGAAUUGUGCUAGGACAUACUACUACAACUUGCCGAGGUUCAGACAUCUUAACAUCAUAGAGGACAUGGUUGCUAUGAGGCUUAGUGUGAAUCCACAAACCAAGGUGUACUUUUAUUCGCAAAUGGAUGAUCCAGAGAUCAUCAGCAGUUUGUGUUUGAGUGAGACGAUCACCUCAAUUGACAAGGAUAUUCGUGUAAUCUACAACGACUGCCAAGUUUAUGAAAGCUCUACGCAGAAGUUCGUUCCAGCCACACUAAAGCUCGGACGCAAAUGGAUGCAACUUUGUUUUGAGAGGUUCGAAUUUAAGCCCCAAUUUGCUCAAACUGAUUCCCUUGCGCCGGUUGAGGUUCACCAGCUAUCGGAUAUAACACGUUGCGAAGUUUCAAACAAUUUUGAAGACCCUAAUGAGUUCACUUUGUUUCUCAAUCGGUACAACUACGAAGUCAUAAUAUCGUCGCCUCAAAGGCUGGCCAUAUUACGAUUUCUUUACUUUGCCAUGUUGCGGAACUCUAGAGAAAGCAAUGUUCACAAAAAGGAUGAAGAUGAUCUUAGGGAGCUGCAUUGGUUUGGGAAGCUCUACAACAUUGUCUUCCACGCUUUGCUUGAACGAGAUGUGGAAGUGCGAGCUUCUGCAUCAUAUCUUUUCUCGUCCAUGUCAGCUUAUUAUGAUGUUGAUUUCGGUGUUCUGCCUUCUCAUGCUUCCAGUGUUGCAUUCCCAUCAGACACUACAUUUUUUGUUGUCAGUGUGUCAGCUUAUCUUGCGAAGCAUCGCCCCGAGAACACUUACAGAUUCAUUAAAGCAUUCUUUAACAAUUUUGAAAGAUUGCCAGAGGAGCAUCGCGUGAGUGCCAUUAUGUACAUCUCUCCAUGGAUAGACAAUGUUGGGAACCAAAUCUUCAUGGAACUUGAAAAUGGUACAGAGAAAGUGGCCGAAAUCGCUAGGCAAUUUUGUCGCAUUACUGCUCAAACCAUGACAAUGCUUCCUUUCCUCAAUACUUAUGUUUGGAGAAAACUAUUUGCGGAUCUUCGCUUGACAUCGGUUCUUUUGGAUGAGGUCAUUUCAUUUGCAAUUGAUAACAAGUCGGACGAAUCUGAAUGGGAGCAGAUAUUAUCGGUCUUGAGUCCAAGCGUCGAGCUCUGUGGUGAGUUGAUGUCGAGAAUUGUUGCUUGUAUUCACAAGACAAAAAGUGAUGAUUCAGACAUUGCUUCGCAGAGCAAGCUUCUUGAAAUCACUGUGCUCAUCAAAAUCUGCGCUGCCAUGUUCUUUAAUUCCUACGUGUUCUUGUCGCUCUACUUGCUGCAUGUGUUCUUUUUUUGCUCUUUGUUCAUCGACAGCCCCAAACUUGAAUUCGGUCCGGAUUUGCAGAAGCUCACCAUCAACACAGUCCAGUCUUUUGUCCACAGACCCGAUCUCUCAGACCUGCAAAGAGAUAUCAUAGAAACCUCAAUUGAGUAUUUCACGAGUCAGCGUGCGAGAAUGCUCUUUGGGUUUACAUCCGGUGAUAGGGGUAAGGGUCCUGACGCUACGCAUUUGUUUAAUAGGGCGGCUGCGUUCGACCUUCUAUGUGACAAAUUAAAGAAUUUUAUGCUUCUGGUUGGGUCUUCUGAUGAUCGAAUCCGUUGGACUGCUAGAUGGUCCUCUCUUGCAAUGGAGAUAGCGUUCAGUUCAGGUUCACUCUUUCAACGGCGUGCGAUCACUCUUGUCGGUACAUUAGCUAGAGCGGGAAUCAGUGAUCAGGCUGGUGGACGCAUGAUGAAGAUGCUUGUUGACAAUAAGUAUGGUGAGCCAAACACCUACGUUCAUUCUGGAAUUUGCUUCGCACGAUUGGAGGAAGGAUUGGCACCAGACUCCAAGUACCUUCCACUUCUCAUCUGGACCCUUGCUUGUAAUACAUUGAUGAGCUUUCCCCCAUUGUACCAGACAAGCAUUUGUUGCGCUACCAGUAUUUUUACGAAGAUUGAGCACAAACUGGACUUCAUGAGUCCUAUUGUGGCCACAAGGCCGUUGCUUGAGCCGAUCAUUAGCGAUUUUGAAGCAGGCGUCGACCAGACGGUUAAUGAAAAGAAUUUCCAGCUUCAUUUCAUGGUUCACAUAUGUCUUGGCCUCAUAACUUCACAAUUUAGACACACCUCAGUGCAAUGCCUCAAGAAUAUGGUAAAGCAUAAGCUCCUGAUGAAUGACGGCUAUCCAGACAAGGUAUUGAAGUUUGAGUACCUUUUGUUGGCAUUUUUGGCCAUGUCAGAUACCGCCUAUACUCAAUUCUUAAAAGAAGAGUUUCCUGACAAUGAGGAACUUCAGUGUGUCACCAAGAACUCCCUCCCCAAAGUUGUUAUUGAUCAAAUCGCCAGGAACAGCGGCGAGACACAGGUGGCACUCAUUGCAGCGGCCUAUAUUUUUGACUGCGAUUGCGAUUCUUCAUUUAAGCUCAAGUUCCUUCGGUUGUACAACCAUCUUUUCACCACACAGAGAGACUUUGCAUUAAAGAUAUUCCACCUUGUCAAACGAGGGCUCGAAAGCAAUAUGGUCUCCAGUACGUCCAUAGACCUCAUAACGUCAAUCACCAACAUCAUGGUGAAUGUGAUACGUGACGAGGAAUACUCCGAAGCGACAGGUGAAGCCGAGUUGAGUGCAAUACUCGACGAGUUUGAAUUUCAAAGAGUGAAGACCAUCAAGUGCUUCAAGGCAGAUGUGACAGAGAAUGAGUGUGACAUGAAGAAUAUGAACUUGCUACAGCAACUCAUGCACAGAAGUAUCAGCAGCAUCGUCGAAGGUGAACGAUUAGAAAAAUCAUGA